UUUCUGUGUUGUGGUCGUAUUUUCGCGUUUAUUCCGUUCACGCACGUUUACUUCUGUUUAAUACGUACAAAACUGUUUGUAAAAUGUGUUAAUAAACGUAAACUACUGAUCUUUUAACGUAAAUUUUUUGAGAAAGGCAUCGAAAGAGAUGCCAGCUCAAGAGGUGGCUGUUCUUCAGCCUCCGAGCAAUGAAACUAACGAGGAAAACGGUAAUAACAAUGCACCGUCGUCCCAACCAAUUGUUGGGAUCAUUUAUCCACCGCCAGAAGUUAGAAACAUCGUUGACAAGACAGCGAGUUUCGUUGCGAGGAAUGGACCCGAAUUCGAGUCCAGAAUCAGGCAGAAUGAGCUUGGGAAUCCAAAGUUCAAUUUCCUCAAUUUUGGAGAUCCGUACCAUGCAUAUUAUCAGCACAAAGUGAAAGAGUUUAAAGAGGGAAAAGGACUAGAGCCUAAUAGUAAUUCGAUACUUAAUCAAGGAAAGGGUAUUAAUUUGGCUGCACAUCAAAAGCAGCAAGAGAUAUUGAAGCAGGUGGAACAGCAGUUUGUUCCUAAGGAUCCUCCUGCCAAUUUUGAGUUUAUAGCAGAUCCACCGUCGAUAUCAGCUUUGGACUUGGACAUUCUCAAACUGACUGCACAAUUCGCUGCCCGAAAUGGAAGACAAUUUUUAACUAAUUUAAUGACGAGGGAGCAAAGAAAUUUUCAAUUCGAUUUCUUGAGACCACAACAUUCUCUGUUCCAAUAUUUCAUAAAGCUAUUGGAGCAGUAUACUAAGGUUUUGAUCCCCCCGAAUGGUUUACUUCCUCGACUUAAAGAUGAAGCUUCUAACAUGGAUAAAAUCUUGGAGCAAGUCAAAUACAGAGCCGAGUGGCUCAAGUAUCAGGAAGCUCAAAGACGUAAGGAGGAAGAGGAAUUGGAAAGAGAGAGGGUAGCUUAUGCCCAGAUAGAUUGGCAUGAUUUUGUAGUAGUGGAGACGGUGGAUUAUCAGCAAUUUGAAGUUGGCAAUUUUCCUGCUCCAACCACUCCCGACGAGGUCGGAGCUCGCGUUCUCAUGCAGGAGAGAAUAGAAGAAGGGGAAGAUGUGGAAAUGCAGAUAGACAGUGAUGGGGACGACGACGUUCAAAGUCGUAACGAGGGAGAAAAAGAUCGCGCUAAAGACAAUAAUCAAGUUCAGGACAUGGAAGAAGAUUCAAGCGAGGAGGAUGACGUUUCUCCUCCGGGCGACUCCCAUAAAUCGAAGGAUUCCAAGCCGAGGGAUAGCAUUCAGCCACCACCGUUGCCUCCGACUCCAGGAAACGUGGUGGUCAAGAAAGGCUACGAUCCUAAGCAACAUGCCACAAAGACGACUAGACCGGUUCCUCCGGACGAGUAUCUGAUCUCUCCUAUAACCGGAGAGAAGAUACCGGCUAACAAAGUCCAAGAGCACAUGAGAAUCGGUCUCCUAGAUCCAAGAUGGGUGGAGCAGAGAGACAAACAUUUGGACAAAUUAGCUCAAGAAACUGUAUUUGCGCCUGGAACAGCCAUCGAAGCCAGCUUGAAACAAUUGGCUGAGAGAAGAACCGAUAUUUUCGGAGUCGGGGACGAGGAAACAGCUAUCGGAAAGAAGAUUGGAGAGGAAGAUAAGAAGAAGGACGAUAAAGUCACUUGGGACGGUCAUACUUCGAGCGUGGAAGCGGCUACCCGCGCCGCUCGAGCUAAUAUAACUUUGGAAGAACAGAUCCACCAGAUUCACAAAGUAAAGGGGCUUCUUCCGGAUGAGGAAAAGGAAAAGAUAGGUCCUAAGCCGGCUAACAGAGCGGCUGAGGCCUUUAACAUGGCUGCAGCUGCGGCUAAACCCCAGGCAACUUUGAAAGCUCCUCCAAAGCCUCCUGCCCCGAAACCAGUUCCCGUUCCUACACAACCUCCACCGCCUCCCACCAUGGGAAUGCCUACUAUGGGUCAAGCUAUGGGACAAGCUAUGGGGCAGACCAUGGGCAUUCCUCAAUCGAUGAUGCCUCAAGCGCCCAUGAUGAUGAUGGCGCCUAUGCCGACCAUCAGACCGCCACCGUUAAUGACACCGGCGAUGUCUCCGUUUAUGCCAACUCCACCUCCCAUGCAGCCACCAAUGGCUUCGGCCAUUGGAUUGAAACACACGGCUGAACCCAUGGAAGAAGAGCCACAAACGAAGAAACUAAGAACGGAGGAUUCAUUGAUACCCGAACAACAGUUCUUAGCUAGAAACAAGGGUCCGGUUCAACUAAACAUCGCGGUUCCAUUGAUGACAGAGAAAGCCGAAUGGAAACUGAAUGGGCAGACGUUAAAUAUCACUUUACAAUUAAGCGACACAGUGGGUACGAUGAAAGCUCUGAUUCACGAGCAGACGGGAAUGCCGCCCGGGAAACAGAAACUUCAGUACGAGGGAAUGUUCUUUAAAGAUAGCAACACUCUUGCUUACUACAAUUUAACAUCGGGGAACGUAAUUAAUCUAUUACCAAAGGAGAGAGGUGGCAGGAAGAAAUAAAUAGAAGUAAUGUCUACCUACCAAUUAAUAUAAUGAUUUUUAAAACUUCGUUUCGAUUAUUGAACAAUUCAUUCUAAUUAAUAUUAACAUAUGGUAAUCUAUUAUAGUUUUAACAAAAUGUUAAGAAAACACAUGUCAUCAAUUUAAAUAAGGGAGACAAGAAAUAAAAUGAGGAAACGUA